AUCGGGACAAAAACAAAACAUUUUCAAACGAUUUCCGUGAAUUUCUUGCAUUUUCUCGAAGUUUCCAGGGAAAAAAAGCCCAAAAUGGGUUCAAAACGUAAAAAUAUGGAAGACGAGAUGUCCAGAUUUGAAGCUGAAAUCUCCAAAGCCAGCUCCUCAACGAACAUGUUCGUCCCAUCGCAGAUCGCUCGUCCCGCCAUCGGCUCCAACACCUUCAACCAAGUGCAACAAAAACUCGCUUCGUCAGCCCCAAAACAAGCAGCGCCCGUUGUUAUCCCGCCGCCGCCCUCAAUUCCCGCAUUUCUCCAACCGCGCUCGUACUCCUCCGUGCCGAGUCCCGCUAUCGUCAGCAGCGCUCCGAAAUUGUAUCGCGCCACGCCCACCGUCAACAUCAACAACUCCAUGCCGCCCGCCGAGCCCGAGGAACCGAAACAACCGAUGUUCGACAUCUCCAAGCUGCAAUUCGAGGCGACGCAAAAACUCAAAAAAUUAAAAGCCGAAAAGCAGCAGCAGCAAAAUUCGGGCCCGAAUCCCAUUGCGGAGGAAAUUAUCAAAGCGGCGAAAGCGUCGUCGGCGCUGCAAUCUUUCGGAAAAGACAAACGUUCGGCAAAGGACCGGAAAACUGUUCGCGUUGCCGGCGGACAAACGUGGGAGGAUCACUCGUUGAGCGACUGGCCUGACGAUGAUUUCAGGAUUUUUUGCGGCGAUUUGGGGAAUGACGUGAACGACGAGCUGCUGACGCGAACUUUUAAUAAAUAUCCGUCGUUCCAGCGGGCGAAGGUGAUUCGCGAUAAGAGGACGAGCAAAAGUAAGGGAUACGGUUUCGUGAGUUUUAAGGAUCCGCAGGACUUUAUCAAAGCCAUGAAAGAGAUGGAUGGACGGUAUGUGGGAAGUCGCCCGAUUAAGUUGAGGAAAAGUACGUGGCGGAAUCGGAGCAUCGAUGUCGUGAAGAAGAAGGAAAAGGAGAAACAGGCACUUUUGAGCAUGUUUAAGGGCAAUUAGAAUUAAUUUAAGUUAAUUUUUAGGACUAAAAUCAAAUAAAAUUUUUCAAAGUUUUA